AUGGAAACAGCACCCCUCAACUACGAGGCUUCGGCCGGCGAUACCAACAAGCAGUACACAGCAACCCUGCCACAGGACGUGGUCCAAUGUCUCGAGAACGCCCGUUUUCUCCACUUGGCAACUUGCACAGACGACGUGCCCAAUGUUUCGCUCAUGAACUACACCUACCUGCCCUCGUCGCCCUUCUCCGCGGCGCCCGUCAUCGCCAUGACGACGAACCCGGCCUCGCGUAAGACGACGAACCUCCUCUCAAACCCCAACGUCUCCCUACUCGUGCACGACUGGGUCUCCCACCGCCCGCCGACGUCGGCCCGCCGCCCCUCCGGCGGCUCCCCCGGCCCCGAGCACCGCUCCUCCCUCGCGUCGCUGCUGCUCAACAUCAACACGUCGGCCGUCUCGAGCAUCAGUGCCACCAUCAACGGCACCGCCCGCCUGCUCGACGCCGGCUCGCCCGAGGAGCGUUUCUACCGCGAGCAGCACCUCGAGAACAACACGUUUGACAACGAGGGCUUUGGCCCUGCGAGCGUUGAGGCCGAGGACGGCGGACGCGGCUGUUUUGUUGCAGGAGAAGAGGUCAGGGUUAUUGUCGUUACGAUUCGCGACGUGAGGAUCAGCGAUUGGAAGGGUAGCGUGCGGGACUUUGUCCUGACGACGACGACCGAGGGCUCGGCAGAGGCGGCCGUCAAUGGCGUGAGGUAA